ACGCAGCUAGCUGCAGCCAAUCAAGUGAAAGUCAGACAAACUGUUUUUCAAAAGGAAGUUAAGUCGUGUUGUCUUAGUGUGUGUGCGUGCGUGCGUGUGUUUUUGUGUUGUGCGCUUAAAGCCGCUUAGCGAAGGAGGCGGCGGCGAAUAACAAAACAGCAGCGCGAGCUAAACAAAACGUGCGGCAAGCAGCACAAGAAAAGGCGCCGCGCAUAAUUCAAAUAUUGUUAGCGCCGCAUUUUAUAAGGUGGUCCGUCAUGAAACGUGGCCAACAUUUGCAUAAAUAAUCCAUGCCACAAAAAUACUAAAGACUGUGCCACCAAAAAUUCAAACUUGAAUUUAAAGUAAAGCCAAAUAAAAUUGUACUUAAAUACGCAGCUCUUUUGUGCCGCUACAGAAUGUUGCGUUUGAUACUCUUGAUCGUCUCGUUGGCGGUGGCAAGCGCGCGUGGCGCCACAAGCGGCGUCAUCAGCGACGUGAACAACAUGUUGCGCGAUGCCAAGGCAAGCAGCUCGGCUCCAGUUGCAGCUGCAGCUGCAACAUUGCCACCAUCCAGCGUUGAGCUGCUGCGCUUUGUCGACGAUGAGGAUAAUGAGGAGGGGCUGGAGAUGCUCUCGAAUGGCGUUCAGUUAGGUGGCAACAAGGGGCAGGACGAGGAGCAGGAUGUGCCGCAUAAUCUGAAGCUGGGCGAUCAGGUGCGCCUGCUGACCAAGCAAUUGAAUGCGCUGAUGAUGCGUCGGCGCGAGGAUUACGAAUUGCUGGAACAUAAUUUACGUAAAUCCCUGCGGCUCACCACGGAUGCGGCCAGCGUCGAUGCGGAUAUGCGCAGCGAAUUGGAUCAAUUGAGACGCGAGAUGCAAACGCUGCGCGCCACGCACAGCGGCAACAAGGAGCGCCUGACCGUCGAGUGGCUGCAGCAGUCGAUAUCGGAGAUACGCAAACAGCUGGUGGAGCUGCAGCGCACCGCCGCCAACGUCGCGAAGGAUGUACGACACGAGGGCACCGCCUACGAGGAUCUGGCAACAAUACGCAACGAUUAUCAGCAACUAAAACUCGAGCUGGCUGCCCAGCGGGAGCGGCAACAGCAAACCGAGGUGAUUGUGCAGGAGCUGCGCGAGGAGCUGCUGCAGCAGGAGCAGGAAUACAAGCACGAGCUGAACAGGCAGCUAAAUGCUAAAGCCAAUGCCAAAGCCAAUACCAAUGCCAAUGCAAUUGUCAAGCAGCAGACACUAGAGCAGUCGGCCAGCAUUGAGGAGAAUAGCAGCAGUCAGGAAGCUAGCCAAGAGUCACGGUCGAUGUCGAGCAGCGAACUGGCCGACCAUAGACGCCGCCAUUGCCGCUUCCAGCAGCAGCAGAUACACAGCCUGCAGCUGGCACAGCGCAGCCUGCGCCGGCAGGUGAACGAGCUAAAGUACCAUCACAUUGACGAACGGGUGCGCAGCAUUGAGCUGGAGCAGCAUCGCAUCGCGAAUGCCAAUUUCAAUUUGAGCCGUCAGAUUGCGACGCUGGACAAGCUGCACACCUCGAUGCUGGAGCUGCUGGAGGAUGUCGAGGGGCUGCAGAGUAAAAUGGACAAGAGCAUACCAGAACUGCGCCACGAGAUAUCCAAGCUGGAGUUUGCCAAUGCGCAAAUCAGCUCCGAGCAGAAUUUGGUGCGUGAGGAGAACAAAAAUGCGGCACGCUCCCUGCAGGCCAUGGCCGUAAGCGUCAGCGUGCUGCAGGACGAGCGUGAGGGUGUCAAGAAGCUUGUCAGCAAUGUCGAGCAGCUGCAAACGAAUGUGGAUCGCAUACAAUCACUUGUUAACGACGAGCUGCACAAUAAGCUUUCACACCUCAACAAGCCGCACAAGCGUCCACAUCAUCAGAAGCCGCAGCAGCCGCAGGAAUUGACAGAUCUGAGAACGGAUAAUGAGCUGGCCGAAACGUUGGUGGCCGAAUUGGAGAACGUUGAGGCCCAGUAUGAGGCGAUUGUGAAUAAACUGCCGCAGGACUGCAGCGAGCUGUCAACGCAAGUGGAUGGCCUGCACUUGAUAGCGCCCGCCGGGCAGCAUCAUCCGCUGAUGACGCACUGCAACGCGGAUGGCUGGACGACAGUGCAGCGACGCUUUGAUGGCAGUGCCGAUUUCAAUCGUUCCUGGGCGGAUUAUGCGCAGGGCUUUGGCACACCGGGCGGCGAGUAUUGGAUUGGCAAUGAGCAGCUGCAUCAUCUGACGCUAAACAAUUGCACCCAGCUGCGCGUGCACAUGCAGGACAUCUAUGACAACAAUUGGGUGGCUGAGUAUAAGCAUUUCUAUAUCUCAUCCCGCUCGGAUGGCUAUAGGCUGCACAUUGGCGAGUAUAGUGGGAAUGCAUCCGAUGCGCUCAACUAUCAGCAGGGCAUGCAAUUCUCGGCAAUUGACGAUGAUCGCGAUAUAUCACAGACGCACUGUGCUGCUAACUAUGAGGGUGGCUGGUGGUUCUCUCAUUGCCAGCACGCCAAUCUCAAUGGGCGCUACAAUCUCGGCCUGACUUGGUUUGAUGCCGGCCGCAACGAAUGGAUUGCGGUCAGGUCAAGCCAAAUGCUGGUCAAGCGGCGGCCCAGCGAUGAGUGUGCGCCGAGCAAUGGCAAUGAGGCGCCUACAGGGGCGGCAGCAGCAACAACAAUUAAAUCAGCUUCUGCUGGCACGACACCAACAAUAAAAACAAUAACAACAACUGUCGUGCCGAGCACACGGCCAAACACUGUGGUGCAGUUCGUUGCCGCAGCGCAGGCGUAAGCCAACAGCUGCCGAAACCAGCUAAACAGCUACAGUGAACCACCAGAGCCAUGCCUACUAUAGUUUGGAGUGCGUGCGUGUGAAACGCGCAAAAAAUAAAAAUAAAACUUAAAUAUAUAUGUGUAAAAAAAUAUCAUAAAGAAACUCGGCGAGCAUAGCAAGGAGCAGAGCCGAGCAGAGCAGGCGGCAAGUUAGGGUAGUUGUGGUGCGUGUUUCUUUUGUAAAUAGCUAAAUUCUUGUCUAAGUUGUAGUUAAUACUAUUUCAAUGGAGCUUAUUAGCCUCGUCAAGAAAAAGGAAGGAAAACAAACAAAAGAGAAAGUGCUUAACAAUAGAGUACACUAGGCGUAUGCGUAAUCUAGUUAAUCUAGCUAUAGAGAGUAUCAUCAUGCAACUUGUCCAUGGAAAUAUGCAACCCGUACAUAUUUGUUUUGUCUUUCAGCGGAUCUCAUAGAGGCAUAAGUUCACGCAGCUCAAGUUUGAUACAAAAAUCAACAUUCAAAAGCAUUGAAAAACAAACUUAAAAAAAAUAAUGAAGUAAAGAAAACCCUCCUCUAUUUGGGCAAAUAUCAUGAGCAAAACAAAUAUAAGUGCGUGUAUGUCUUGCAGUUAUUUCCAUAAUAACAUUAGCUCUAAGUCAAAAGCCAGUCUUUAGUGUAGGCAUCUCAGACAAAUAAUAAUAUAUACUUAAAUGUCAAGACAGUCGCACACACAAAGCGAAAAUUCUUCAAAAUAUUAUUAUUUCAUUUUGAUGCAUUUUUAUGAGAAACUUUGUGUGCUGUCUGUAUGCUCUAGUGUUUACAAUUUAAGCGUCCAUAUCAAGUACAUUGUGUAGACUUGAAACAGUCAUUAAGUAUAGUCCUAAUGGUAAUUUAACAGUUGGUAUUUGUAAUUGUUGUAUUAUAAAUGUUAUCAGCUAUCAGAUCCUAUUCAUGCUUGCUUAGCUCCCAAUUCAAAAGAUUCAGCUUAACUCUCUCAUUUUCAAUAAUGCAACAACCAACGUAUAUGCCAAAGAUAACGAGAGCAAAAAUAAAAUCCCUCACAAAAAAACAAAAACAAAAUAAAUAAAAAUAAUAACAAAAACCAACUAUUUUCUGCAGUUUUGCAUAUACCAAAAAAUACAAAUAAAUACAAACAUAUAUUAUGGAUAAAAAUAAUAAUAAAAGUUGCAGCUAGCUUAAGUCCUGGUCAAGCAACAACUAAAUAUAUAUAUACACAUAUAAAUAUAUAUGUCUGUAAGUAUAUAUAUAUC